AUGCGCGGGGAGCCGGCCGUGCCCUUGGCGCUGCCGCUGCCGGCGCGUCCCGCAUCUCCCGGGCGCCGCGCGGUCCCAGCCCCGCCGAGGAGCCGCGGCCGAGAUCCGCCCGCCCGCGCUGCCCCCGCGCCGGGAUGCCGCCGCCGGGAUGUCGCUGCCGGGAUGUCGCCGCCGGGAUGUCGCUGCCGGGAUGUCGCUGCCGGGAUGUCGCUGCCGGGAUGUGGCCGCGCUGUCGCGCCGGCGCCCAGGGCCGGCCCCGGGCAGCGCCGCGCUCUCUCCCCGUGCGCGCCCGGCUCGGAGCGCCGGAGCCGCCGGAGCCGCCCGGCCGCUGCCGGCACCUGCGGGCGGCGGCAUCCCCGCUCCCUGCCUCCCUCCCUCGCUGCCUCGCUCACCUGCGCGGCUGCGGCGGCUCCGCGGGCCGCUGGCGGCGCGGCCGGGCCGGCCGGGCAGGCGCUGUGGGCCGGGGCGGCGGCUCCCGGCAGGAAAUUUCCCUUUGGCCGCCGCCUCCUCCCGCUGCCGCGGCCGCUCCCGAGCCCGAGCCCGCUCCCGAGCCCGCGCUCAGCGCCCGCCCGCGGCGCCCGCGGCGCCGCCUGGCGGACACGGCCCGCGCUGCAGCGGGAGCGGCCCGGCCGGGGGACGCGGCCUUGGGGCUCUGUCGGCGACAGCGACAGCGACAGCGACAGCGACAGCGACAGCGACAGCGCUGCCGCCGCCACCGCCGCGCCCCGGCACGCCGCGGCUGUGCGGAGAGCGCCCGUUCCCUCCCGAGUUCCCCCCCCCGAAGCGCCCGGCUGCAGCGAUGCCGCACCCGCCCGUGUCCCCAUCCGUCCCGGGAUGUCCCCAGGAGUGGCCCCCGGGCACGGGACGCCCCCCCAGGCUCCGUCCCCUCGCUGCCCACCCCGCCCGGGAUGUGUCGCUGCCCGCGCUGCGAGGGACGGACACACCUGGGGCUGGCGGUCCCCGGUGUCCCCUCCGGGGGACAGCGAGGCGGGACGGGAGACCCGAAAUAGCCGCGGCAGGUGCGAAAGAUACAGCAACGAGCUGGAGCCAACAGCCUGA